AUGAGCGACGUGGACAUUGCCAUCGCCGAUGGGCGACUUCGCUUCACCGUGGGUGACACCGUUGCUGGUGUUGUCCACUUGACCGUGCCAAAGGAUCUGGCCAACAAUUCUGUCAUGGUAUCUUUUCACUGCUGUGGAGAGGUCAAGUGGAUCGAGUAUCCAGGUACUCCGUACUACCUCAACGGACAUGUCUACUUUGAUCAGAUUGCCUUCCACGAUGAGGCGGCCAAGUGCCUGGAAAAAGACAUCAAAGAAGAAUUGACUACUGACAGGAAGAAACUUCACAUACCCUUCAGUUUUGUCAUUCCCGAUGACUGCAUGCAUGGCAUCAAUUUGGUGGGACGAUUGUUGGGUUACUUUCUCAGCGCCUACACUCUAACCUUUAGCGAGAAUCCAUUUGAGCCAUCUGGUCUUGAUCCCAGUGAUGUUCGCUUCAUUGGCGCCUGGUGGCUGGGCUACUUUAUUGCUGGCAUUCUAGUCUUGAUCACAUCCAUUCCAUUGUUCUUUUUUCCUGCUGAACUAGGCAAAAGUUUAGCGGCAGUAGAGAAUAGUGUUGAACUAAAUUCUAAAGGCGGUGGAAGCUCUUUUAUGGCCAGUUUUAAGCGUUUUAUACGUAACCCUCUAUUGGUACUUUUCUUUUUGGGCAAUGAAUUUAGAUACAUUGGUAUAAAUGGUUUUUACGCUUUCAAAGCCAAGUACAUUGAGGCAGUGUACCGUACAACGGCAGCGCAGGCGAGCCUUAUCACAGGGGCCACUGGUUUUAUGCCCAUCUCCGUUGGGUUGAUCAUUGGAGGACUGUACAUUAGCUACUGCAAGCCUAAAACCAGACUGCUCUUUACGCUUGUCUUUUUUGCUGAACUGGUUUCGGUGGCCACCAUUGGUAGUGGACUGUUUCUUGCCUGUGAACCGGUGAACAUGGCUGGAACAGUAUCCGGUGAUGGAGGAUUUUCUCUCGAUUCAAGCUGCAAUCAAAACUGCCACUGCUCUAGCACUGCCUUUAAUCCUUUGUGUGCACCUGAUGGAAAGACUACCUAUUUUUCGCCUUGCCACGCUAGCUGUCGGUCAUUCAACGAGAGCACAAAUACAUUCGGCGAUUGUGAUUGCUUUAUCGAAAACCUGCCUGCCACAAGCGGCUACUGCGCCGUUGACACCUCCUGUAGUCAUCUCUCAACAUGGCUGAUUCUGUUGACACUCGGCACGCUCAUCUCAGCCACUGCAAAGACGGGCAACAGUCUGAUCACCUUCCGAGCAUGCAGUCCAGAGGAUAAGAGCUUCACUAAUGGUAUUCUCAGCUCCUUGAUCAGCAUUUUCGGUUUCAUGCCUUGUGAACUCUCCUACGGGUACAUUGUCGACUUUACCUGUCUCGUCUGGGACAGCAAGUGUGGUCAGACGGGCAAUUGUUGGCUUUACGAGCAGGACAAACUUCGAGUCGUUUUUAUUGGCGUCUCUGCUGCAUUUAUGGCUGUUGGCAGUCUCUUUGAUUUAAUUAUCAUUUUCUACUCCAACAGAAUGAAAAACCUGUACGGCGAUGAAAAAUAA